AUGCCGCCCAAAGCAAAACCAAAGCCGAAGGCCCGUGUGAAGGCCAAAGCAAAACCCAAGGCUGCAGUCAGACGUAUCGGACCCCGAGGUGUUCUACGACGACCAGCAGUUGUUCCUCCGGUGGGUGGGGCUCCUGGGGAUCGGGAGCCCUGGUCGGAUGGUGGACUGGCUUCAUUGAGGGAUGUUCCGCUCGAGCAGCUGGGCCGCGGUGUGAAGGUGGUAGUGACAGAGGGAUCCUACUUCACAGCACCUUGUCAAGCAGCGGGGGUUGUGGACAGAGUCGAGAUCGAGUCCGGUCAAGUUCACCUUCACGCCAACCUGUCGGGUACGAACAACGAGAAUCUUCUCAAGUACGCCUCGGGGAAGCCUCGGGGGUUGGUCAGGAUACACCGGUGCGAUGCGCACUGUACAGGAGACAGAGUUGCCGAGGAUUUGAUCCAUUGCGUGAAAGCCCGUCUGAGGAAGUCCGACGACUGGGAAGAGGGCUGGAUCGACAAUCUGGUCACAGUCGAACCAGUCGACGACGAUCUCAAGGACCUACGUGCCCGGGGAGAAGACCUACCUGCCGGCCGAGGAGAACCAGCAGUCGGGGCACGGGAGCGGGCCCGCUCCUUGGGAAAGAAGGACAAGAAGAAGAAGAAGGACAAGAAGAGUCGAAAGCGCAAGAAGGGCGACCUCAGCUCCGGGGACAAGAAGGCCAAGGAGAAGAAGGAUGUGAGAGCCAAGAGAGAGGACAUUGCGUCAGGGACUUCGUCUUCGGCUUCGAGCACGGUCGACCUGAGUGGGCGGAAGCCGCGUUCGGCCUCCAUCAAGCCUCUCAAAGCUCUCUAUGCGGGGACAGGCCUCGACCCGAAGGAGAAAGUCCGAAAGAAAGUUGCAAAGAGAGCUCGCCGCAAGGGGCGCAAGGCCAAGGACACCAAGUCGGGGUCCUCAGAGGAGAACUCAUCGAGCGCUUCAAGCAGUCACGAUGGGGAGGCUCUGGAUUCGACUCUUUUCGACCCGGACACCAGGCUACAGAAGAUUGCAGAGUUCGCUCCGGGAGCUUUGGCUGCUCAAGCCUUGCAGGCCAUGAGAUCAGGGCUCCUCCAGUCGAUUGGGUCGGCCGAUCGCCCGGGAGCAUUGGCUCCUGUUGGCUUGGCGUACUUCCGGCAGCAGCUCAUUCGCCGGUCUACAGGUCCAGUACAACGGGAACUUGUGAACCUAUGCACAGCACUGGAUUGGUUGGUCAGGGGAUCCCCUGCACGGGCCGCCGAUGUGAUCGCCCAGAGGAUCAAGUCGAUCGAGAGCAGCCUCAGUGGAUCUCACUGGUCAGUCUCCCAGAGGCUAGAGGUUUGUCCGCAGGAUACUAUGAGCCUUGCAGCAAAGGAGGAGCUUUCCUCAGCCCAACGUGCCGCAGCCGACGAGGCAAAGGUGACUUAUCUGGCAGGCCUGCCGGAUGGCCGCCGCUCCAAGGGCAAGGGCAAGGAGAAAGACAAGGGCCAGCCAGUUCGCAAGGAGUUCGACAAGGGCAAGGGCCGCACCUCAGGGAAAGGAGACAGCAGGAAGCAGAAGGAAGAGCAGGCUGGCGUGGGAAUUUGUGACCCACCUCACCGUGAUGGCAAGGUGGAUGAGGCGGCUACGUCAGCCGUCGCCAGGAGCUAUGAUUUUCCACCAGCUCCUCCGCCCUUUGAUCCAGCGGGGGAAGCUCUUCAAGUUUUGGACACUUGCCGACCGAGACUGAAAAAUGCGUUUGAGCCUUUGGAUCUUGAUGGGACGCCGGUCGAUCGAAUCGGGGCAAUCGUUCUUCAGAAACUCAUGGAAGUUGCACCACUUCGCAGCAAGUCCUUUGGUAGGGGAAAGGCCGCCUUCUUUCCUUUGCCUACUUCCAUGGGGGUGUUGAAGAACUUGUGGCCUGACAUUCAUGAGAUGACGUUGAAUUGGGUGGUUUGUGUUACCGUUGGUUUGAAUUCGUUUUGGGGCGAACAAGUGCUUUCGGAGGAGGACGUUGCACCGGGACAGAGUGCGUGCUUGGACAUGAUCCGGCAAGAGGUUGAACGGUUCUGUCAACUUAAAGUUCAAACUGUGGGGGUUGACUGGCAGGCUUUCUUCUCUAUCAAGGGCAUCGACUACAAGGGAGACGAGGGUUGCCGUGAGUAUGUUCUGUCGUUCGACUCCUUUCUGAAGCCGCGUGAAAGGCGGCGACACCGGAGCGGAGAGCUGAUCGCAGCCUUUCGCUCGGAACCGCCUUCCCAGGAGUUCUUGGCCUUCACCCCGAGCAGCCUGGACCGACUGCGAGAGAUUGAGAGGCACUGCUGGGGGCCAUGGAGGCGGAGCCGAGUCCCAAGCUUGGGCCAGGUUUGCGAAGCGAGGUGGGGACCCAUUGCUCCGUGUCCAGAGGAGGUUCUUCAAGAAGCUUCACGCAUUGCACUGGUGAAAGCUGCUCAGAUUUGUAGACUGAACCGUUCUCGAGUGGACAGUGGUAGCGAUGCGAGCACCAUUGCCAGUGACGGCGAUGACGAUUGCAGGGUGAAAGUCAUAACUCACUGCUUCGAUCCAAAUGCACGGCCGCUGCCGCACCCCAUGAACUUCAUGGGUGAGCCCUGCAACUUGGAGGAGCUUCGUGAAUCAGCACAUCAGAUCGCUGCUUUGGCACCGGUGCGCCCAGAGGGCACCUGGGUCUGUGCGAUUUGCCUGGUGGAGUCUCAGGCCGACCUUGAGGCCAAAAGCACCGCUUGGCGAAAGCUUCCAUGUGGCCACGUUUUUCACAAGAGUUGCGUGCUGCCUUGGAUCCGCGGGGGGAAGCCAUGCCCUUUGGGUCGUUGCACGGUUCCGGCCGCGGCGCGGGCUGGAAAGCGCGAGAUGAGCUUUUUGCAAGCCAAAUGCGCAGCUUGGAAGCAGCUCCCAGAUGAUGUGGUGGCCCGUGACAUUCUUGCGCCUGGUCAAAGCUCUCCACGCACCACAGCUGUGCAGGUUCCUCCUCACCUCCGCAAGAAUUGCCCAAGCAGCAGAGCGCCCAACGACGCCUUCUUUCGCUUGUUGCAUGUUGAAGCGCCACAUGAAGAUUGA